CUGGACUCUUUGGGUUUGUUAGACCAACAAGGUGCAUAAGUUGAGCUACAAGGGUAAUAAAAGGAAGGAGGUAAAGAGUGCUAACCAUGGCUUGGAUGGGAUGGAGUGAAGAGUCAACACCAUCUACAUCAGCAGAUCGUGCACCAGGACUUCGGUAUGCCAUCCACUCACCUCGUCAUUCUGACCGCUCUCUUCAUAGCCCUGAUAGUUGUGCUGACCUCUGGUGCCAGAACCACACAGUGGCCCAAACCUAAGAGCACAAACAAGCCACCUAGAGCUGGGAGCAGUGGGGGAGGAGAAUUUGGACAGACUGCCCCAACUUCCUCAUCUUCCAACAGCUUGCACACAGAAGAAACUACUGACUUUAUGUUGGAUGCAUACUCUCUCUCUUCAACAGACAGCAGCACCUAUCACAGCAACACUUACCCAACUGAAUUUCCUGUUGACGCUGUAGUCCCACCUGGGAACACCCACGGAAACUAUUCUCUUGAUUACAAUGAAUGCUUCUUCAACUUUUGUGAGUGCUGCCCACCAGAGAGAGGCCCCGUAGGGCCCAAAGGAGAGAGAGGACCACCAGGACUACCAGGAGAGAGGGGCCCUCCUGGUUUGCCAGGAGUGAAGGGAGAAACUGGGCCGACAGGAUUUCCAGGACUAGCAGGAUUACCAGGAGCCAAUGGACUCAAUGGUGACAUAGGUGAAAAAGGUGGUCAAGGGCCAAUGGGUCUGCCUGGUCCCCCAGGGAUUCCAGGGAAACAUGGAGAAAAAGGUGAUCUGGGCCCUAGGGGAGAGAAAGGUGAUCGUGGUUUCAAUGGGAUGAAAGGGGACCCGGGAGAAAAAGGAGAGCCUGGCUUGAAUGGGACCAAAGGCAGCACUGGAUCCAUGGGUUUCCCAGGGCUGGCUGGGGAAAAGGGUCAGAAGGGUGAACAAGGGCUCAAAGGCGAGUGUUUACAGGGUGAUAAAGGACAGAAAGGUGAUGUGGGAGAGCAUGGGCCCCUUGGUCCAAAAGGUGAGAUAGGCCCUCCAGGAGCAAGUGGAACUGAUGGUUUAAAGGGAGAAAGGGGGACUCCAGGAGUGAAGGGAGAUAUUGGGAAAAGAGGGCCACCAGGGGCAAGGGGUAUGACAGGGUUGAAGGGUGAGAGGGGGCCUAAGGGUGGGCGUGGGCUGCGGGGCCCUAAAGGCGAACCAGGUGAGAGUGUGGAGCAGGUUCGCUCUGCCUUUAGUGUGGGAUUGUUCCCCAGCAGGUCGUUCCCUCCACCUGGCCUGCCCGUGAAGUUUGAUAAGGUGUUUUAUAAUGGGGAGGGGCAUUGGGACUCAGCACUCCAUAAGUACAAUGCCACAUACUCAGGAGUCUACUUAUUCACUUAUCACAUCACUGUUCGCAACCGACCUGUGCGCGCUGCCCUGGUGGUUAAUGGGAUGCGGAAGCUGCGGACAAGAGAUUCCCUGUAUGGCCAGGACAUUGAUCAAGCAUCCAAUCUUGCACUGCUGCAUCUGAGUGAGGGUGAUCAGGUGUGGUUGGAAACACUAAGAGACUGGAAUGGAAUUUACUCCAGCAGUGAGGAUGAUAGUACUUUCUCUGGCUUCCUGCUUUACCCAGACUCAAUAAACAAAGCUAGUGCUAUGGAAAACAUGUAACUGUGCUCUCAUAUAAACCUUUAGCUUAUUGCAUUGCUGUCAGAUUGAUGUAAUUUGCUGCUCAGUCUUUUUGUCGCUGUUAUGCUAAUCAAACCAAAUGCUUUGCUUGCUUUGCUGUAUUCAGAUGGAAGAAGUCUGC